AGAGGCGGUGUUUGGCACCGCUCAAGCGAAACGACGACCUUCGCGAAAACGGCAUGCGGAUUUCCUCCCGCCACAGCUCGUACAAGAAGCUCGCUCAGCUUCCGCUCCUCAAGCUCUCCGUUCUCAAGCUCGACGGCUCUGUUUUCGAAAUUCAGGUUGGGAGGACAUGCUACAAUAGCAGAGCUCAAACAAGCAGUAGAAGAUUUCUUUGGUCCCUCCCAAGACAAGAUUCCAUGGUCACUGGUUUGGGGGCAUUUCUGCUUGUGUCAUGUUGGUCAGAAGUUGAUUAAUGACAGUGCGUACAUUCGGAAUUUCGGAAUUAAGGACGGUGAUCAACUUGAAUUCAUUAGGCAUAUGUCCAUCAGCAACUCACCAUUGAAAAAAGGGUCGAAGAAUGAGAGUGUUCCAUACAAACAGCAACCUAUGUUGACGUACAGGCCAAGUUACUAUCCCAAUGAAGAUCAUCUGGAGGCAGGUCAUGUGCCUGAAUUCGUGCACGAGGACGAAGAAAAUUGUGGAGUGGAGGUUAAUGGCAGCAAUGCAGCAAUACAGGAGGACAACUCCAAUUACUAUCCCAAUGUAGAAGAUCUGGAGGCAGGUCCAGUGCCCGAAUUCAAGGCAGUUCACUUCUUGAAAGGGUGGCUCUCAUACUCGAAGGUCAUCGGGGGAUUCAAAAAAGGGAUCCGAAGGCAGGAAUCGUCCAUCGAAAUUCAGCCUACUUUCCUUAGGAAGCCGAUGUAGAAUGACUUGUUGUCUCACAUUUUGUGUGUUGUGAAGCUGUUGCAUGCUAAGGCCUCAAGAUGUUCCACAAGUUCAGCACUAAGUUUAUUGUAAAUGGUAGUUGGGUUCUCUCGAUA